AGACCUUGUGGUAAGGAUGUCACUGUGGCAUUUCCUGAUUUUGCUGAGCAUCUUUAUGCUUUGUAAAGGUGAAGACAGUGAGUGCGACAACUUCACGGAUCUGGAUUUCCAAGAGUCGUUCAUGGGGACCUAUCUGUACGUGCGCCUGCUGCUCUAUACCCGUGCAAACCUCGAAUGCGGUCAGGAGCUCCCCCACCACAACUUCACUCAAGAACCCCUAUUUAAUGUAACAAGACCUACUACCUUUGUCAUACACGGGUACCGGCCCACGGGGGCACCGCCUAUCUGGAUCAACCACAUUGUACACUUGUUAGCAGCACAGAAGGACAUGAACAUCCUGGUAGUGGAUUGGAACAGAGGGGCGGCCAAUCUCAAUUACUUCACAGCUGUGGCCAACACACGGGGUACGGCUGUGAACAUCACCGGCUUCAUAGAGAGUAUGGAGAAAGAGGGAGCAUCUCUUGACUCCAUCCAUCUGACUGGAGUCAGCCUGGGCGCACAUGUGGCCGGGUUCAUUGGUGCAAUGCUGGGAGGGCGGGUGGGCAGAAUCACAGGUCUGGACCCAGCAGGGCCAAUGUUUGCCAGUGCUCCCCCUGAGGAACGCCUUGAUCCAACUGAUGCCCAGUUUGUAGAUGUGCUGCACACAGAUAUGAAUUCCUUUGGCCUUAGAGGAACACAUGGCCAUAUUGAUUUCUAUGCCAAUGGAGGAUUAGAUCAGCCUGGAUGUCCCAAGACCAUCUUCUCAGGGAAAUCUUAUUUUGUGUGUGAUCAUCAGAGGUCUGUUUUCCUGUACCUGUGCGCUCUGAAUCACACCUGUAAACUUACGGCAUAUCCGUGUCCCUCAUACAGCGACUUCCUUAGUGGCCAGUGUUUGCAGUGUGAGACCUUCAAGCCUGCUUCCUGUCCUGUUCUGGGUUAUGACAUGAGCCAGUGGAGGGAUAGACUCUUGAGGUUGGGCCAAACAAGAGCAUAUUUCUCAACUACGGCAGAGCUCCCCUACAGCAAGACAAGCUACAGAGCGGACCUAGUUACCUGGAACCAGUUUCUGCGCUGGGGGGUAGACAUACUCCGACUGCACAAUGGCAAAAAUGUAAUAGAGUCCCAGAUAGAUAAUAAGCUGUUGAGGUUUGAGCAGUAUACCUCCACUCGACUCCUGGCGCAGUUUGAUGAGGAUCUAUAUCCAAUUCAGAAAAUCUCUUUACGGAUUGUCACUGGGAAUGUGAUUGGACCUCGAUACAAGAUAAGGCUGCUACGUAUUCGAAUAACCCCACUGGAAAAUCAAAACAGGCCACUAAUGUGUCGAUAUGACAUUAUUUUGGAGGAGAAUGCUGAGGUCUCUUUCAAACCGUUGCCAUGUGAUUAAUCUCAUCUGUAGGAAAUCAAAUUGAAA